CCCCGCCAUCCCCCAACCCCUCCCGGCCGCUCGGCUGCGCCUGCGCCGCGGCCCCGCGUCUCCCCAGCGGCAGCGAAGGAGUUUGGAAGUUCAAAAUGGCCGCCGCGGCGGAGCCUGAACAGCGAGCGACUGAGGCUGAGGAUGCUAACGCAUCUGAGAAGAGUACAAAUGAAGAGAAUGGGGAAGUGUCAGAAGCAGAUCAACCUCAGAACAAGCACAGCCGGCACAAAAAAAAGAAACACAAACACCGAAGUAAACACAAGAAACAUAAACAUUCUUCAGAGGAAGAUAAGGACAAAAAACAUAAACACAGACACAAACAUAAGAAACAUAAACGGAAAGAGGUAGCCGAUACCUCCGACAAGGAAGAUGGACCAGCAAAAAGAACUAAAAUUGAUUUUUUAGCUCCUCUGGAAGAUUUGGAGAAACAAAGGGCUUUAUUGAAAGCUGAACUUGAAAAUGAGUUAAUGGAAGGCAAAGUCCAGUCCGGUAUGGGAUUAAUAUUACAAGGUUAUGAGUCGGGAUCUGAAGAAGAGGGGGAAAUUAAUGAAAAGGCGCGAAAUGGAACCAGACCCGCGGCUAAGUCAAACACUAAGGGGAAAUUAGAACCUGUGGAAAAUAAAGCUAGUUCCAAAAAAGGAAAUAAGAGUGAAUCAAAAGAAAGGACUAGGCACAGAUCUGACAAAAAGAAAAGCAAGGUAGCAGUUGAUGGAAUCAAAGAGAAAACAACUAGAAGCAAGUCAAAAGAGAGGAGAAAAUCCAAAAGCCCCUGUAAAAGAAGUAAGUCUCAAGAUCAGACGAGGAAAUCAAGAUCUCCGAUGCUUAAAAGAAGAUCUCAGGAGAAAAAUAGGAAAUCUAAAUCUCCCCCAGAAGACAGAAAUAAGGCUGACGAUAAGAGUAAAUCAAGGGAUCGCAGGAAGUCUCCAGUUGUAAAUGAAAGCAAAAGUCGAGAUCGCGGCAGAAAAUCCAAAUCUCCAGCAGAACUCAGAAGCAAAUCCAAAGAUAGACGAUCGCGGUCCAAAGAUAGAAAAUCUAGGCGAUCAGAGACUGACAAAGAUAAAAAGCCAAUUAAAUCUCCUUCUAAAGAUGCUUCUUCAGGGAAAGAAAACAGGUCCCCCAGAAGACCUGGCCGAAGCCCAAAAGGAAGAAGCUUGUCUCCUAAGCCACGUGAAAAGUCAAGAAGAAGCAGAUCCCCUCUCUUUAAUGAUCGUAGAUCUAAACAGAGUAAAUCCCCUUCUCGGACCCGAUCUCCAGCUAGGAGGCUGAGGAGUAGAUCCGCAGAAAGGAAAAGAAGAGAAUCGGAAAGGAGGCGUCUUUCAUCUCCCAGAACGCGAACCAGAGAUGAUAUUUUGUCUAGACGGGAAAGAUCAAAAGAUAUCAGCCCACCCAGCAGAUGGUCUCCAUCCCGGAGAAGGUCUCGGUCACCCAUUAGGAGGAGGUCGCGGUCACCCCUUCGACGUAGCCGAUCUCCACGAAGGAGGAGUAGGUCCCCGCGAAGGAGGGAUAGAGGCCGAAGAAGUAGAUCUCGCCUUCGAAGGAGGUCCAGGUCACGUGGUGGUCACAGACGUAGGAGUAGGAGCAAAGUUAAAGAAGACAAAUUUAAAGGUAGUCUUUCUGAGGGCAUGAAAGUGGAACAAGAGUCUUCAUCUGAUGAAAAUCUUGAAGAUUUUGAUUUGGAAGAAGAGGAUGAAGAAGCAGAAAUAAGACAGCGAAGGUUACAGCGGCAAGCAAUCGUUCAGAAAUACAAGGGCCAAACAGAAGAUAGUAAUAUAUCUGUGCCAUCUGAACCAAGCAGUCCUCAAAGUAGUACACGCAGCCGCUCCAAUUCACCAGAUGACAUCCUGGAAAGGGUAGCUGCUGAUGUGAAGGAGUAUGAACGGGAAAAUGUGGACACCUUUGAGGCAUCAGUAAAAGCCAAGCACAACCUCAUGACAGUGGAACAGAACAACGGUUCAGCUCAGAAGAAACUGCUAGCUCCGGAUAUGUUCACAGAAUCAGAUGAUAUGUUUGCUGCGUACUUUGAUAGUGCUCGUCUAAGAGCUGCUGGGUUUGGAAAAGACUUCAAAGAAAACCCCAAUCUCAGGGAUAACUGGACUGAUGCAGAAGGCUAUUAUCGUGUUAAUAUAGGUGAAGUUCUAGAUAAACGUUACAAUGUCUAUGGUUACACUGGUCAGGGAGUCUUCAGUAAUGUAGUACGAGCCAGGGAUAUGGCAAGAGCAAACCAAGAAGUAGCGGUUAAAAUCAUCAGGAACAACGAACUUAUGCAAAAAACUGGCCUAAAAGAACUGGAAUUUUUGAAGAAGCUCAAUGAUGCAGAUCCCGAUGACAAGUUCCAUUGUCUAAGAUUGUUCAGGCAUUUCUACCACAAACAACAUCUCUGUCUGGUAUUCGAACCACUGAGUAUGAAUUUACGCGAAGUGUUGAAAAAGUAUGGGAAAGAUGUUGGUCUUCAUAUUAAAGCUGUGCGUUCCUACAGCCAGCAGCUGUUCCUGGCUUUAAAACUUCUUAAAAGAUGCAACAUCCUACAUGCAGAUAUUAAACCAGAUAACAUUUUGGUGAACGAAUCUAAAACGAUAUUAAAGCUUUGUGAUUUUGGAUCAGCUUCACAUGUUGCAGACAAUGAUAUCACACCGUAUCUAGUUAGUAGAUUUUACAGAGCUCCUGAAAUCAUUAUAGGAAAAAUCUAUGACUAUGGUAUAGAUAUGUGGUCUGUAGGCUGCACGUUAUAUGAACUUUAUACAGGAAAAAUACUCUUUCCUGGCAAAACCAAUAACCAUAUGUUGAAACUAGCCAUGGAUCUCAAAGGAAAGAUGCCAAACAAGAUGAUUCGAAAAGGUGUGUUCAAAGAUCAGCAUUUUGAUCAAAAUCUCAACUUUAUGUAUAUAGAAGUAGAUAAAGUGACAGAAAGGGAGAAAGUUACUGUAAUGAGCACCAUUAAUCCAACUAAGGACCUGUUAGCAGACUUGAUUGGGUGCCAGCGACUCCCUGAAGACCAGCGUAAAAAAGUACACCAGCUGAAGGACUUGUUGGACCAGAUUCUAAUGUUAGAUCCCGCUAAACGGAUUAGCAUCAACCAGGCUCUGCAGCACGCCUUCAUCCAGGAAAAAAUUUAAACCAGAUGAAGAAGUUCAAAGGGUUUGAGUAAUUAAGAUACAAAGACUGAAGAAAUUUCACAGCAGUUAUUAAUGUAUAUAAACAUAAAUAUUUGCCCUGCAAAGUUGAGGAAGAAAAGAUACAUUUGAAUUAACAUCGAGGCUGAUAUUUCUUUUAGAAAUGUUAGAGUAAUUCUGUUUUGUGUCUUUUGUGAAAAUUUUCACUGUAGAACUGUUUUAAUUGCCAAGACUGCACAGAAGUACAAUGCUAAUGUAUAUGGUUGCAGUUCGUAUAUAUUAUAAAAAAGAAAAAAGCAUCUGUUUAAAAAAAAAAAAAAAAAGCAGUAAUACUGGGUGGUUGAUUUGUUUUUAGCAGACUUGGCUUCAUUUUUGUCUUUAAAAAAUGGCCAGCAUAAAUGCUGUUUAUAUUCACAUUUUCCUAGGUGUGUGUGUGCAGGCCACAGCAGCAUGCCCUUGGUGUAGUCAGUGCCGAAGGGGGUCUGUUCCUUCUUGAGCCUGCCCGCAGGGAUGGUCUCCUCUUUUAAAGCAGGUUGUGUACAACUUUCAGUACACUGAAGGUAAGCUAACCCAUCAACAUCACCGGUGUUUAAGCUGUUAUUUUACUGGAACGACUGACAAAUGAGAGACAGUAGCGUUGUGGCAGAAUUCCCUGCAUGUUUGAGAAAUGAUCUUGUUUUUAUUUUCUGGCAUUGCGACUGUGGCAUAGUUACAGCUCCCGUUCUGUUCAUCACACUUAACGAUUUUGAGAGUGCGCACUUGAUGGAUAGAGCGCCUUCAGUGUACUGUUUCUUAUUACUUUAAUUUUUUUAAUCGACUUGCUAUAGACUUUGUAUACAUUUUGUUAAAUACAGUUCACUAUGACAUAGAGCCAAUACUUACGGAAGAGUUUUCAUUUAGUAAUUACAUACGUUGGGAUCUCAUUUGAAAGAACUUAUAUCUAAAGGAUAGACAGACAACAUAAUGAAACUUUUUAACUAUUUGUAUGUCAUUUUGAAAGUGUACUGCUUUAUGCUAAAAGUGUUUCGUUUGUUUUCAUUGUUUUCAUUAUUUGUGAUCAUGUUGUCUUUCAAUACAGGCAUAAACCUUCCACUCUUGAACAAAGCAGCUGCUUUUUAAAAGCGGUAAUUGCUUCUUUACCUUUUAUUUCUUUUGUAAAUGAAGCUUUUCUUUAAAAAAAAACAACAAAAAUGUGACUCUAAAGUGUUGUCUCUCUUGCAUAAAACAGUUGACACUUACUUAUUGUAAAGUGAAGAUUGUUCUGCUGCAUGUAAAGUGGACCAUGCAGAUUUCUGUAUGUUUUCAGUAUGCAUCGUUAGAUAAUAAAGUCUUUUGUGAACAAGGCAUUUGUAGCCAUUUUUAAAAGAAUCUGUCUUCAGUGAUGGUAAAUCAGGUAAUUUGUAAAGAACCGCCCCUGCCUUUUCUAUUAAUCGUUUAAUUAAGAGGACUGUAAAAAGCUAUGAUCUCUUUGGAAGAGCUAUAGGCUAUAUUAAUUAGAUAUAUAAUUAUCACUGCUUUAAACGAAAAGAAAGCAAAAAGCCCUACAGAUACUGUCUGCUUUCAUUGUAAUGAAAUUAUUCCUGUAGGACGUGAGAUGAAAUUCAGGCUUUAACUAAUGUUUGUGCUGUUUUUCUCACUUUUCCUUUUGAUGGUGCUGAAAGAGAAAAAGGAAAGCGAGUCACAGGCCACUCAACGCCUACUCCAUGGGGUCUGAUUUGCUGAGACACCAACUUCACCUUCCUAACAAGGUUAUUUCUGACAGCAUGUGUAGAUAAACAUUUAGCAACAAGUUAAAAACAGCUUGAAACAUUUGAGUUGGUUAUGCAACGCGAGGAAAACAGAAUCAGACUUUUCAGAUCCUUACUGCUGUUUCAAAGUACUCUUUAUUAAGAGGCUCCUCUUUGCGUUUUUGAUCAAUGUAUUCUGAAAACCUGUGAUAAACCCACUGGUUUCACUUAUUUUAUAAGACGUAUUUGAACUAAGAAGGGUUUUUGUAUCCAUCUAGGUACAUAAAUGACAACAGUCAUGCACUCCGCGAAGUGCACGCAGGAAUGGAAAAAUGAGGCACAGCAGUCAUUCUGCUGGUGGGGGGAUACCCCAUGGAGGAGAUGUAAUGACCUAACUACAAAAACAGGCAGGAGAUGGGUCGUUUUGUAAGCCUUUGUGGAACCUUCCACCUGUCUCUCCUCAGUUGUAAAAUUCUUUAUAAAAACUAAUCCAUCCUUAUUUCCACAUGUUAAAGGUAUCUUGUUUGUAGCAGAAGUAAAUUCAGCUUUCACGUUAAACGAAGCAGUGGUUGUCUGCUAGUUAAAUGCAGAAAGUAACUUGCACUUUCACAACAUAGGAAGCGCUUCUGAGGGCAGUCAUAGGCAGGAAGUAAAAGCUUAUUCUUGCUGUUGCUUUGUGCUUUAUUCUUAAAAUAGGAAUAUUAAGCAAAUGAGUUGGCGAUACAGAAACAAAGCAGUAGGAAAAAUGCACCUUAAUACCUACAGAACUGUUUUAAGCUGUUCUGGAGAAGCGUAAAGUUGCUCGUUCACUUGUUCUUUGUGUUGUAGGUGCAGCUCAAAUGAAGAUGAUGGCUACCAGAAGACAUGAACAAAGGUUUCUGUCCUAUAAAAGAUAUGAAAAAUACUCUUCAUAUGUUUUUGUCUUAAUCUUUUGGUUUCCAGCAUCCCAGUUUAGAACUGAUUAACGCUGCUACAGCAGCGAUAAUUCCUGAGACAUACUAAACUGUACUGCAGUUUUUUUUACACUGAUAUGCUUGUUUCGUUUCUGCUUUAAGAUGUUUUUCUUACUGUGAUGAAAUGCAGGCAGAUAAGCAUUGCUGUUUAAUGCAGUUUUCAUAGAACAAUCAGUACCAAACCUGUCAUUUAGACUAGUCUGCCAUUGUAUUUGGUCAAAAUAAACACUUCUAACCAGUAGAGAUUUAAGCAGAUGAUGCGCUUUUUGCCUUUUAACCUCAGCAGGUUUACUCGUUCCGUUAAACCUGUCUAUUGCUGCACAGACCAGCUGACAGGCAUUGUUCGAAACAGGUGGCUUUCAGUCCUCCAUCCACUCUCAGCUUCAGCUUUUUGUAUCAGCAGCAACAGAAAAUCUUUAAUUCUGACUUCAGAAGCAUCUAGUAUUGAAAACCUCCUGACCACAGUUAAGAAACAUUCCUAGUUUUAGGCAGCACCUGCUCCUGUGGCCUCUGAGGACAGCAGAGAAGCUGCUGCUGGCCACCGCAGUCACCUGAAUUCCAGCGGUUGCAGCUGGGUACAAACACAGUUACACAACGGGGUUUUCUUGCUCAACUACUUUACAGCUGAUCUAAGAGGAUAAUUUAUCUUUUCCUCCUAUACACAAAGAUAUAAAAUUCAUCUUCACCCGAGGUCCUACAUAGAGUCUAGUUAAGUCUGCUGACUUCUGCUUGCUUCUCCCUCGUGGUGACAAAUUCCACGUGUUAGUUUGUUCAAAAUGCUUGGCAAACUAAACAAGAUAUCAGCCCUCUGUAUUCAUUUAACUCAGACUCCUUGGGGAGAUUAAAUGCUCUUUUUUUUUUUCUUGCUCUUUCUGCACUGAAAUAAAUGAGAUAUGCAGUUAGAUUGUCUUUUUAUUACUAUGAUGUAUACUGCUUUAAUUAGAAAAGAAUUAGGAACUGUUCAAAAGCCUUUGAUUGAAUAUAAUGAUUCCUGUAGAGUAUUUUUAAUAAUACUUUAUCUCCAUACAUAGGGUAAGUGGCAAUAAACCUCUGAAGAACCUUUAUAUGUAUAUUGACCUGUACACAGAAGGCAGACCAGUUUGUGAGACUACUGGAGAUAGAGCAAUCUUCUGCAGCAUGUGUCAGAUUGUAACUGUGCAGAAUGUUGGGAAAUGGCUAUUGCUUGAAGUUAAUAAAGUACGCUUAAACUUA